UGCGGCUGUAAAGCAGUGGUCAGUGGUCACCGCCUCCGGGAGCCCACUUCUAUGUGCAGAGGGGAGCACCCAGAGGGGGUCCUAGGGGUCCUCCCAUGGCUUCACAGAAGCAGAUGGAAGUAGUGACCAAAGGAACUGGGUUCCGGCGCAGCCCCAAGACGACCACUUACACCCCGGGGACCUGCGAGCUGCUCAGAGUGAUGAUGAAGGAAUCCAAACUGACAAACAUCCAGCAGCGCCACAUCAUGGACAUCAUGAAAAAAGGAGAUGCUUUGCCCCUACAGUGCAGCCCAACAUCCAGCCAGAGGGUCUUACCUUCCAAGCAAAUAGCCUCGCCUAUCUACCUGCCUCCCAUCCUCGCAGCCCGUCCCCACCUCCGGCCUGCCAACAUGUGCCAAGCUAAUGGGGCCUACAGCCGGGAGCAGUUCAAGCCUCAAGCCACCAGGGAUCUGGAGAAGGAGAAACAAAGACUUCAAAAUAUCUUUGCCAUGGGGAAGGACCCAGAGGAACGGAAAAGAAAGGCCCCUCCUGCACGACAGGAGGUUCCAGCCCCUGAGCGAGAUCGAUUUGAAGAGUUGGUGAAGGAAAUCCAGGAGAGGAAAGAAUUCCUGACUGACAUGGAGGCCCUGGGACAGGGCAAACAGUACCGAGGAAUCAUCCUUGCUGAAAUAUCCCAGAAACUCCGGGAAAUGGAAGACAUUGACCGCAGGAGGAGUGAGGAACUUAGGAAGGCUCUUGCCACCACUUAAUCUGUCUCCAGAGACAGGCAGCGUAGCCCAAGCUCGACCACUGGAGUCCACUCCUCUGCCAGGCAGGGCCAUCAUCAGGCCAGCCCACCCUACCAGCCUUCAGCCACGUUAGGUGGUGGCACAGCACUGCCCUGAAGUACCCCAAGGCAUACUCAGCAGCCUAGCCCCUGCCCAGGAAUGCCGUUGGAGCCUGAGACCCACAGCCCCAUCCGCAGAGGAGCAAGGCCUGAGCAUCCCUACUAGGACGUGUGUCUAAAGGUAUCCACUGGGCCUGCUUCUCACCACCUCCAGCCUCUGGCCUGUUCAUUUGGUUUUCUGAAUUCAGGAAUCAAAAUGAUUCCUUUCUUUCUGUUUUAGGAUUUACUUAUUUGAUUUCUUACCGCCUUAGGCAAGUAUUCAAUCACAAUGAUUAACUGGCCAAUAAAACAUAUUGAACGUGGGUCAUUACAAGCACCAUUUUGUUUUCAGAGGGAUAAGCUUAUUUGUUCAAGGCGUUAGAAUUUGUCAAGCACAGAUGGUUUCUAGCUACCUGUUUGCAUAUUUCAAGUGGCAAUGGGAGCCAACCUCUUGGGCACCCCAUGGCUGGCUGCUGUGGCAGGUGCUGAAUUCCACUGUCUUAAUGAUCUCAAUAAACCUCUGCAAUGGUUCAUUA